GGGUUAAUAUUGUGCUACAGUUGACAUUUCCAGAGUUCUGUUUCCGAAGGGUUACGCUGGUGAAGAGAAAUGCCUUGUGGUUUACGACAAGAUCACAGCUGAAGAUUCUUUCUAUAUCUAUUUAUAGUCCCAAGGACAACCCAAACGCUUUUGACGCUGCUGCGUUCUUCCAAUCUGUUGGGAACUUUCUCGGAAUCUUUGCCGGAUCGUUUGCUCUGGGGUCUGCCUAUGCUGUCGUCACAGCUCUGUUGACCAAAUUCACAAAGCUGUGUGAGUUCCCCAUGCUGGAGACGGGCCUGUUUUUCCUCCUGUCUUGGAGUGCCUUCUUGUCUGCAGAAGCUGCUGGUCUGACAGGAAUAGUGGCCGUUCUCUUUUGUGGUGUCACACAAGCCCAUUAUACCUACAACAAUCUGUCGUCAGAUUCCAAAAUGAGAACAAAACAGCUAUUUGAGUUCAUGAACUUCUUGGCGGAGAAUGUCAUCUUCUGCUACAUGGGCCUGGCGCUAUUCACGUUCCAGAAUCACAUAUUUAACGCUCUUUUUAUACUCGGGGCGUUUUUAGCAAUUUUUAUAGCAAGAGCCUGCAACAUCUAUCCCCUCUCCUUCAUCUUGAAUUUGGGCCGGAAACAGAAGAUCCCCUGGAACUUUCAGCACAUGAUGAUGUUUUCAGGUCUACGGGGAGCAAUAGCAUUUGCCUUAGCUAUUCGGAACACCGAAUCUGAGCCCAAACAAAUGAUGUUCACAACCACUCUGCUCAUCGUCUUCUUCACGGUCUGGGUAUUUGGAGGAGGAACCACACCAAUGCUGACAUGGCUUCAAAUCAGAGUUGGUGUUGAUCCAGAUGAAGAUCUGAAGGCAGAUUCUUCACGGCAGGGAGGAGAUAAUUUGGACAGAAACCCUACAAAGGCAGAGAGUGCUUGGCUUUUCCGAAUCUGGUAUGGUUUUGACCACAAAUAUCUGAAACCAAUUUUGACUCAUUCUGGCCCACCGCUCACGACCACGUUACCAGAAUGGUGUAAUCCAAUUUCCAAAUUGCUGACUAGUCCAAAAGCAUAUGGGGAUCAUCUGAAGGAGGAUGACACAGACUGCAUUGUGACGCACGACGAACUGGCCAUGAACUUCCAGGAGGAAACCGCCUUGCCCUCCAGCCCCUCUGCAGGGUUGGAACAGGACCCAAAACCCUCUCCGAAGACUCCAAGCAAAGAAAACAUUUACGAGGGGGACCUUGGAUUAGGCGGCUAUGGGCUCAAGCUUGAACACACUCCUGGUCAAUCCCAGCUGAAUUCACUGGCGUGAACCUUGCGCCGGUAAUUACCAGUAAUGCUGGUGGAGAAUCACGGAGGAACACAAGCCCAGCUGAUUAGAGAGAGCUGGGGAGACGCUGGGAAAUGUAUUAAAAGCAUAAAUUGAAGAGAAUCGAAAUCUUGUCACAUGUAUCCCCCCCGGUGCCUGAAGAAAUGAGAAUUUAUGAUCAUCCCUCCAUAUUAUACAACUGAAUUUAAUUUCUGACAGCAGCAAUUUUUAAUAAUGAAUCGGGGGGAGGGAAGGGUCAAUAAUCUAACAUCUCCAAGGGUGACACUGAUACAUCUAUGCCUGCCAAUGUGUCCUCCCCGUCUGCCUCUCCCCGAGCUCUUGACUCAGAUUGGGGAUUUGAGUCUCCUGAUUAGAGAUGGAAGGGGGGAGGAGGGGGAGGAGGAGGGUUUCAAAGGUAUUUUACCAGUUGCUCCUGAGUGUCCAGCUUUUUAGCUGUUGGAGAUUGUUGGUGACUGUGGGUGGGUGGGGGGUUUGGGAUGGGCAGGUUUUUAUUUUGUUUUGUUUUUUAAAGGGAUAUACACAUUUGCACAUAUUGCCUUGUAAAACAGUACUCGGUUCAGGGUCUGAGCAUUUUAAUAAUGCCCAGCAGUUUAUCUCCUUUUACCCAAGCUGCCCCCGUCUUUUCCAUCCCCGCCCCACGCCCGGAAUCCAUUCUUUCCUCACCUACCUCUAGCUUCCUUCAGAACAACCUAGAGGGCCAGCAUCUACGUAAAGCAUUUCCUGAGCAUCCCCUCACUUAAAAAAGAUUUUUUAAAAAUAUUCUCCCAUUCCUCCAAUUAGCCGGUAUUUACUUAUCUCUGUGCAUGCGAAAUCCCCUCUCCACCAGGAGACUAUAAACCCCUUGAGGGCAAGGGUUGCUUUCCGUUGUUCGUCUUUGUAUUCCCCAGCAUCAGUACGGGAGGUGCUUAAUUAAUGCUUGCUGAAUUAAAUCAUAACCAACUAAUAGAUGCCAAAUCGUACUUUGGAGAGCCAGGCCCGAUCACUCCACCUCCAGAGGCUAUCAGCUCGGCAGGGUUUCACAUCCCCAUUGGGCUCCUUUGGCCAGAUUAGGAAUGUUUUUUUUAUUCUGGUCUUUGUUCAAUGAGCUGCCAGCUAAGUGCAAAGCAAGGUCCUCACUAAGACUUUCAAGGAAAGGGUGGAUCUCUCCCCCACCUCCCUGGGUUUGCCUGAUGAAUGAGCUUCCCUGCCAGGGUUUACAUUUUAAUCCCUUCUUGGCUCCAAAGGGCAUGUUUUUGCAUCCUCUUUAAUGAGAUUCAGCAAGCACAAGUUGCCAUCCACAUGGUAGGAGAAUGUGCCCAGGCCCCUGUCCAGCCACCUGUCCAUUCAACUCCAACACAAAGCUAUGAUUAACAGCAGCAAAAGUGUGAGAGACGGGGAGGGGAAUAGACUUUAGUGCCUUUCCAAAAGCAAGGAGUAAAGGGCUUGGGGGAGAGAGGGUGGGGGAAGAGAGCAAAUUUCAGCUUCUGCUUACAACGGACAGCUCACAGCUCGUUGUUGGGACGUGAGAAUCAGGUGGCUAUUUGAUUCAACCACCUGACCUGUGCCUUUGGAGGCAUGAAGAUACCUCAGGCCUGGCUGCUCUUGAAAAGCAAAUAUUCACAUGAGAUUGCAAGAUGCAAGCUCUGGUUUUCGAUGAUCUGAUUAUAAUGAGUCCUUAAGGAAUUAGCUCAGUGGUUUUUUGAAGGCCAGUAAAGAAAGUUCUCUUUAUGUCCAAGAAAUCUGGAAAUAAUAUGGGAUUUGCUGACCAAAUGUUCAGUCUUAAACAUUAGCUGUAAAGACAGCAGAUGCCCCAAAGUGAGCAUCACUUCCUCUGUUGUUUCAGUGCUGGUAUAUAGAGGCCCAAAGGGCUUAGUGCUAGAGAAAUGUGGGAAGCCUGACUUCUGGGCGUUCCAGGCAAACUCGAAAAAUGAUGGAGCAUGGGGUUUUCUGGUUUGACUUAUUCUAAUAAAAUAUUACUUUAAAAACAA